ACUGAAUUCUGUGUCAAAUUUACCCAGUUUGAUUUAAUUGGGCAUCUUUUAGGCUUUUACUGUCUAAACUCUACAUUAUUUUGUCAUCGUUUAUCGGCUAUCAACAGUAUCAAGUUGCAGUGCUUAAAAAUGUAUGAAUUCAUAAAAGCAAAAUAGUUGAAUAAAGGGGAAGAAAGGAAAAUGUCUGACACAGACUCCGAUGCAACAAUUGAACCAGAUCCAAGUGACUGGGAUUCUCCAAAUCUGUUCAGUCCUUCUCCAACAAGACCAUCAAUUUCAAAAAGACAGUCUACCUAUCAUCAGUUGUCUGAUUCUGAUGGUGAUGAACCCGAUUUUGUAAAAAGACGAGCAAAAACAGUUCAUGGACAAAAUACAGAUGAUUCAAUGAAUGGAAGAACUUCACCAAAGUUACUGAAAAAAAAUCAUAAGCCCAUUCUUGCAAAUUUAUCUUUAAGUAAAAUAAAGGAUGAAAAAUCAACAGAUGUGGAAAAACUGAAUGAUCAGAACAAUUCAGCAAGAAAUAAGAAAUCAGGCAUUGGAAAAAUUGUCACUGAAAGGAGAGUAGAUUCUCCAUCUUUGAAAAGAAAACAUUCGUCUGGGGAUAGUUCAAGGAGAAGUCCAGCACGAGAAACUUCAAAAUCUCUGCCACCUUGUAAAUUUGGCUCAAAAUGUUACAGGAAGAACCCGGAUCAUUUCAAGGAAUUUUCACAUCCUUCAGAUGGUGGCAGCAGUGAGGCUGCAAGUGGAAGUAAAACAAGGCAAAGAUCACAAUCUCCACCAAUUAAAAAGCAUAAGGCAGAAGCCAUGGCACUUACCUUAAAGGAACCUUUAGCUGUCUUUAGUCAUGCUCAACCGAUUAGUUUCUUUCUUACAAAAGUUCAUGGGAUAUCUAGUGAAUGCAAUGGUGCAAAUACCAUGAGUCUCAAAGAUAUUUUAACAGAGAAAAUGGGAAAUUUACAAGAAUCUUGUCAGUUUAAUUAUAUGUUUGAAAUUCAGUGGCUAAUGCAGCAAUAUCCAGCAUCAUUUAGACAGAAGCCCCUCCUUUGUGUGCAUGGAUUUCAGGGAGGACAAAAAUCAGCACUAGAGGCUGAUGCCAGAAAAUUCACCAAUAUCAAGUUCUGUCAAGCAAGAUUGGAAAUGCCAUAUGGAACACAUCAUACAAAAAUGAUGUUCCUUUUGUAUGACAAUGGACUCAGGGUAGUGAUCCACACAGCAAACCUGAUAGAAAGAGACUGGCACCAGAAAACUCAGGGGGUUUGGAUAAGCCCAGUAUUUCCAAAACUGAAGUCAGGACCCUCUGCUACACAUGGUGACUCUCCCACACAUUUUAAGAAGGAUCUUCUGCAGUAUUUGGCAGCAUAUAAAGCAUAUCAGCUGAAAGAAUGGCAAGACCACAUUUCCAUGCAUGACUUCUCUACUGCAAAUGUAUUUAUUGUUGGUUCUGUACCAGGAAGACAUAUGGCAGACAAGAAACAUUGUUUUGGUCAUAUGAGGCUGAGAAAACUUUUACAUGACCAUGGUCCACCAAAGGAACAGACAUCAAAAUGGCCAUUAAUUGGGCAGUUUUCCAGUGUUGGCUCACUUGGAGCAUCUAAAGAAAACUGGUUGUGUACAGAAUUUCUGCAGUCCUUAGCAACAGUAAAGGGUACUAGCAGUGUCCCUCUAGCCUCUGUGCCACUGAAACUGAUAUUUCCAUCAGUCGACAAUGUGAGAACCAGUUUAGAGGGAUAUCCAGCUGGAGGCUCUAUUCCAUAUAGCAUUAAUGUUGCUAAGAAACAACCCUGGCUUCAUGCAUUCUUCCAUCAGUGGAGGUCUGAGGGGAGAGGAAGAAAUCGAGCAAUGCCCCACAUCAAAACUUAUUGUCGUCCUUCCCCUGAUUGGGGAGAAGCUGCAUGGUUUCUUGUUACUAGUUCCAACUUAUCAAAAGCUGCUUGGGGAGCCCUGGAGAAGAAAGGGAGUCAACUCAUGAUACGCUCUUAUGAAAUAGGAGUGCUGUUUAUACCUCAGUUCUUGGUUGGAAAGACAGUAUUCCAAUGCACAAGUAAAGUUAGAGAGGCCAGGCAGAAAACUCUGGUUCUCCCCUAUGAUCUUCCCCCCAGAGCCUAUACAAAGGAAGAUAAACCAUGGAUGUGGGACAUAGCACACAAAGAAUUGCCAGAUUCUCAUGGAAAUAUGUGGUGUCCAAGUUGACAUCACCAAUUCCUUUACAUUUCUGGAAUGUGUUCAUGGACUUUCACUUUACAAAUAUUUAUUUAUUUAUGAACAUGAAAUAAAUGCAUUUUGUUAAAAUUGA